AUGUUCGAUAAAUUGCUGGAUAAUGUACGAUAUUUCUUUUCUCCAGAAGCAUUGGAUGCUCGUAUUGAGCCAGACUUCGAGUUUAUUGCUGCAAAUAAAAGAAAUGGGCACAUAUCACCGCCUUUAUGGGAUACCUUCGAAUUCAGAUUUUACUACGUCGGUUUCGCCAUCAUCGUUCCAUUCAUGUUUAGAACAGUUAUACAUGUUACGAAUGAAUCCAAUGAGAAUUACAAUAAGUUUGAAAGAUACCUCUCUAAAGGCUGGUUGUUCGGAAGAAAAGUAGACCAUAGCGAUAUCCAGUAUAAAUUUCUCAGGGAACAUUUUUUCCCAAUGUUGAAAAUAAUUGCUGUAUAUCUUGCUAUUAGGAGGGCUACAGCAUUUAUCUCUAGGAGCAUCACAAGAUUGAGAUUUGACUCUAUUUUUGGACUGAUCUUUGUCUUUGGUCUGCAUGGUGUCAAUGCCUUUAAAAUUUUCUUUCAUAUGAUAAUAAUGUAUGCUACUGUGCAUGUCUUCCAAAGUACAAGGCCGGUUGCAACUGUCUUAACCUGGGCAUAUGGAAUAACUAGUUUGUUUUUAAAUUCAAAAUUCAGAAGCUAUUCUUUUGGAGAUUUUUCUACAUUGUUAAGACCGCUGGACAGUCUUCCUACAGGAACAAUUAAAAGGUGGGAUGCUUUUUACAAUUUUGCUUUAUUGCGAUUACUGAGUUAUACAUUUGAUUACCUAGAAAAUUUAGACAAUCGAAGAAGGAAAGUUACCACAACAAGAACUGCAUACGGCCUUGACACACACGUAGCUAAGCGAAGAGAGAAAUGGUCUAGAAACAAUAGAUCAGCAUCCAAGAAAAGUCAUAAUCCUCAUAAAGUCGUAACCUUGAAUGAAAGAGAAAGAUUAGUGGCUCCAUUAAGUAUUGAAGAAUACAACUUUUUUAACUUCACUUCAUACAUACUUUAUGCCCCACUUUUCAUUGCUGGUCCCAUUAUUACCUACAAUGAUUACAUUUAUCAGUCAUAUCAUACAUUGCCUUCAAUCAAUAUCAAACGAAUUUCAAUAUAUAUGCUAAGAUUCAUAGUAAUAGUAUUGACGAUGGAAGUUUUUUCACAUUACAUAUAUGUAGAUGCAGCUUCCAAAGUUAUGGCAUGGGAACAUAAUACACCGUUUGAAUUAUCGAUGAUUGGAUUAUUCAUCCUAAAUAUAACAUCUUUUAAAAUGACGAUUGUCUGGAGGUUUUUUCGACUGUGGGCCUUGGUUGACGGGAUUGAUGCUCCAGAAAAUAUGAUUCGAUUAAUAGAUAACAACUACAGUACUCAAGGAUUUUGGAGGGCAUGGCAUCGUUCCUAUAAUAAAUGGCUUAUCCGUUAUGUAUACGUUCCAUUAGGUGGCUCACAUCGAAGGGUUGUGGCAUGUUUAGCAAUUUUCACGUUUGUUGCCAUCUGGCACGAUAUCCAACUCCAUCUUUUAAAGUGGGGCUGGCUAAUUGUUUUAUCAUUUUUGCCAGAGAUGAUUUUGGUCAAGUCGUUCACAUCCUACAAACACAAAUGGUGGUACAGGUACAUAUCCGCCCUGGGAGGGGUAAUAAACAUUUGGAUAAUGAUGAUAGCCAAUUUGUUUGGGUACUGUAUAGGAUACGAAGGUACUGUCGGUAUGUUACAUGAUAUGUUUUGCACCAUGUCUGGUUUCGUCUAUUUCGUUAUAACUACAUAUUGUUUAGGUUACACGGUUUUGAUUAUGUUUGAGCUAAGAGAAGACGAAAAAAGGCGUGGUAUUAAUCUAAAGUGUUGA